UGGUUAAUCAGUCGAAGAUGUUCAAUUUGUGGGUUGUUUGUUUGUUGGGGUGUGCUCUGGCUGCACCUCAACAGCGGGCCGAUGAGGCCCCAGCUCCGUACGACUUCAAGUACAAGGUCGAAAACCCCCCCACUAACACAUUCUUCGGCCAAAACGAAGUCGGCGACGUAACCGGAAGAGUAACAGGGUCGUACUACGUCUACCUUCCCGAUGGAAGACUGAUGACCGUGGAGUACAUCAGCGACCAGAACGGCUACGUCCCCAGAAUAAGCUACCAGCAGAACGCAAGACCCUUCCAAGGAUAACCCCACAAACUAUUUAAUAUUUUGUACUUACCGUAGACUU